AUGGUGGCUAAAGACUCGAUCGAACUCGACUGCAAGUCUUUGGAGGAAGAGAAAACUGCAGUUGAUGCUCAAAUCACUGAGAUCCCUAGUAUUUUCCGUAUUCCUCAAGGUACCUUAUCCGACAAGAAACCUUCAGUUUCUUCCUCGAGUUUGGCAAUCCCUAUCAUCGAUUUUGCAGACCUUGCAGCGUCGCGUGAAUUCGUCGUUGAGAAGGUCAAAGACGCUUCAGAGAAGUGGGGAUUCUUCCAGGUCAUCAACCAUGGUGUUCCUUUAAGCGUUCUUGAAGAGAUCAAAGAUGCAGUUGUUAGGUUUCAUGAUGAAGAUCCUGAGGUCAAGAAUUCUUACUUUUCGCGGGAUUUCAGCAAAACAUUUAUCUACCACAACAAUUUCGAACUGUAUAGUUCGAAAAAUGGUAACUGGAGAGACUCGUUCGCUGCUUACAUGGUUCCUCCUGAUCGUCCAAACCCUGAGGACCUCCCAGUGGCUUGCAGAGAUGCUAUGAUCGAAUACGCUAAGCAUGUGAUGAGCUUAGGUGGUUUGCUCUUUGAGCUUCUCUCUGAAGCUCUUGGUUUGAACUCUGAGAUGCUUAAGAGCAAGGGUUGCAUGAAGGGUUUGCUUAUGGCUGGCCAUUAUUACCCUCCAUGUCCACAACCUGACCUAACUUUGGGCGUAAGUAAGCAUUCCGACAACUCUUUUAUCACUAUUCUCCUUCAGGACCAAAUCGGUGGUCUUCAAGUUCUUCAUCAAGACUGUUGGGUCGAUGUAUCGCCUAUUCCCGGGGCACUCGUCAUCUACAUCGGAGAUCACUUGCAGCUUAUGACCAACGAUAAGUUCAAAAGCGUAGAGCACAGGGUUCUUGCAAACAGAGAUCGACCUAGGGUUUCAUUCGGCUGCUUUUACAGCUCCCAAAUGAAUCCGAAUCCCACAGUUUACGGACCAAUCAAAGAGCUUCUAUCUGAAGAAAACCCUCCAAAAUACAGAGAGAUGACAAUACAAGAGUACACAAAGGGAUACAUUGAGAAACGUCUCGAUGGAACAUCGCAUCUGUCAUGUUACAGGAUUUGA